AUGAAAUGGCGCUCUCGCAUAGAGGCCGGAUUGUUGAUCUUUAAGGGUGUCCGCACCUUCAAAAAUUUUGUACUUGGCAGGAAAAUUCCAUCUCUCUAUAUAGGCAUAAAUGUGGAGUUAAACUCUAGUAACGAGAAGAGGUCGAACAAGAUGCAGUACGGGAACUUAGAAUUUUCAAAACUGAAGCAGUCUUUAGCGUUGAACCCUUUGGUCACUGAUGGCGAAACUGGGAUAUCCUGGAUGCUGGCGCAAUUACCGACUGUUGGUCUCACCAAGCGGUUUCGAAGAUAUAUUGGCAAGGGCCAAAAUCUAAAUCACUUUUAUCAGGGUCACUUUCGCAUCAUUAUAUUUCUUAGGAUGGCCUUCUUUGGAAUGGAAUUUCUUCCAAAUCCUUUUUACUAUCAUUACUUACUUCUUCGAUCCCAACAUAUUCGAUGGUAUCAGCUGGCUGAUAAAUUUAGGCUGGCUAAGGAUCUCAAGGACGGCGAACGAGCGGAUGGGUCCAAUUUAAAACCCAGCCGGCGAAACAGCGUGGCUACUGCCAGUACCCUCGAUACCUUUGUUUGUAAACAUCUACUCAUUGACAGUAGCCGUGGCACCGUGAGGGAGGCCGAGUCAUGUGCGAUGAAUUUCAAUGUGGUGGGUGAGGUCUUUGUCUUCGUCGUGACCUCAGAGGCAGGAGAUCGACAGUCGCAUAUAAGACAUCAAGCAGGGCAUGGUUUCAUAGUUCCCAAAGACCGAAACUUCACAACUGCAACAUCUCUCUCUAGCUCGAGAGAGCCCAUUGCGAGCUCAUAA